AUGGCCUCCAUCAUCAGGUCAACAUUCAGCGCACCUCGUGCGCCUCUCUCUUUCGCUAGGGCUAGAUCAGCCGUGCCCGCCGCCAGCUUUUCCACCUCCCGUGCUCGACUCAACACCCCCAAAACUACCCCGGCUGAGGAGGCUGUAUUGGAGCCUUUCCCUUCUUCAGAGGCCGAGUCCCCUGCCGACCGCUCCAUGUCCUCUCACCAAACACCUUCAUCCUCCACCCCCAAACCCGACGUCGUCCCCAAUCACCAAGUUCUCCCCAAAAGAACUCCCUUACCCUCCGCUACCGCGUCCUCCUCCACCCCCGCUGCUUCUGCUGCUGCCCGCAAACCCUCCCACAUCCCCCAAAUCAACAGUGCUGCCACUCACAGGCCAGGUACUCAGAAAUCUCCAUACGCGGGCUUGCGCUGGACUCCUGAGCCUGUCACAUUUUCCUACCCAUCUUUCUCGAACAACGCCGAGCAUGCCGUCCCCACCCACACCCUUCACAUCAGAUCUACUCGUAACAAUGUCCUCAUGACCCUGACCGAUGGUCUUGGUCCCCUUUUCGGGACUGUCUCGGCGGGCUCGGACAAGACGUUCAAGAAUGCUCAGAGAUCGACCUAUGAGGCUGCUGCCCAGGCGUCGAUCAAGAUGUUUGACAGGGUUGUAGAGUGGUCGAGGGAGGCUAGUGGAGGUUCGAGAUCGAAGGAACCAAAGAUCAGGCUCUCUUACAAUGGGCUGUUUGGAUCGGCAAAGGAGGCCGUGACCACCACUUUGUCAGGUCCCCAGGGAGCUGAGCUGCGAAAGUUGUUGGUGCGGGUGGAAGACAGGACGAAGAUCAAGAUUGGUGGUGUGAGGGCCAGGAAGCCUAGAAGGCUGUAA